AUGUCUUAAAUUGCAUUAAAGUGGGAGAUUCAACGUUUAUAAGGAACAUUACCAAAUAAAAUUACAAAUCCUUGCACAUUUUAUGAAGAUAAUUUAUAUUUAAUAGUUGAUAACUACAAAUAGAAUGAUUUGUAUAGUUUAAGCUUAAUUGAUUUUAAAUGGCGGAAAUUAUACAAUGGAAUUCCAUUUAAGGCUAGGUGACAAUUGAAUAUGAACAAUAGAUAUAAUAGUUAAUUUGUAAUGAAUUAAGGAAAAAUAUAUUGUUAUGGUGGAAGUAUAGAUAUCGAAGGGACGAUUUUACUUGAUGAAUUUUUGGAAAUUGAUGUUGUACAAUUGAAAUUCCGUUAAAUAAAAAGUGCUCCAACAGGAAGAGUUGAACAUAGCAUGUGUAUAUAUAGAGGUUAAAUUUUAAUAAUUGGAGGAAGGACUUAAAAGAAAAUUUUUAAUGAUUGUAAAACGUACACAAUAGGAAGUGAUAAGUAAAAUAAAUAAAUGUAUUGCAUUAGAUGGAAUUAAAUAGAAUUUGAACCUGCACAUAGAUUUGGACAUUAAUGUACUGUUUAUGAAGAUACUAUAAUUGUAACAGGAGGAAGUGAUGGAUAAAUAAUAUUAGAUGAUGUCUGGUUAUUAGUUGAUUUAAGAACUUGGAUUAGAUUGGAAAUAAAAAAUCCUAUAUCAAUAUUUAGACAUUAAGCAGCAUUAGCCAUGAAAGAGUAUUUAAUAAUAUUUGGAGGAUGUACAUUGGAUGGAAAAAGAUGCAAUGAUAAUUUCUAUGCUCUAAAUAUAGUUACAUUGAAAUGGAUUGAAUUACCAAAAGUAAGUAGACAUCCAUAUCCUCGUGUAUAACAUACAAUGCUUUGUUUAUUACAUUAAUCUCGAGAAGAUAUUUUAAUUAUUGGAGGUUUAAAUUAUUAAGAUCUCUCAAUUCUUAAUUUUUCUCAAGUAAAUAUUAAGUUUUAGAUUAAGUUAAGAUGGCCAAUUUGGUCGAUCUAUAACCUCAAUCAUCAUUAGUGAGUUAUCGUAGUCAUACAGUAGAGAGAGAAGAAUUUUUAUAGGACAUACCAUUAGAAGUUUAACAUAUAGAAGAAGGAACUUCAUUUUUGGAAUUAGGAAAAUAUUAUGAAUGGAAGAUUGAAACUAAUUCAGAAAUGUAAAUAUAUAUAUGAAAUUUAGAAAGUUCACUCCUAGAACAGGUCACUCAGUUGUACAAUGUUAAGAAAAUCUUUAUUUAUUUUGUGGAUCUGAUGAAAAUACAAUAGUAAAUGAUAUGCAUUGUUACAAUUUAUUUAAGAAAUAAUGGGAAUAAAUUGUACCUAAAGGAAUACCACCUUCUCCAAGAUCAGGUUGUAAAGGAGUUGCUCAUUAAAAUGAAAUUUAUUAUUUUGGUGGAUAUACUAAUAGAAGAGGAGAAUAUUUUAAUGAUUUAUAUGUUUUUGAUACAAAAUUAAGAUAAUGGAAUUAGAUAAGAACAACAAGAGAAAUUUAUCCAAGAGUUGAUAUGUCUCUUGUAAUAAAUAAUGAAAAAUUGUAUGUCUUUGGAGGUGCAGAUGGUAGUUAUAGAUUUAAUGAUUUACAUUGCUUUGAUAUUCAAAACAAUUAUUGGGUUAAAUUAUAAACUCAUGGAUAAAUUCCAUCAUAAAGAUUUGGUCAUACAGCAGAAGUAUAUAAAAAUUAAAUGUAUGUAUUUGGUGGUUGGGAUGGUUUUAAGACUUUAGAUGAACUUGUAUGAUAAUUAUUAAAAUUUAGUAUACCUAUUCAUUUGCUUCAAAUUAUUGGUAUUUGGAAAAGGUUAGAAAUAAGCCUCCUUCUCGUUAUAGACAUAGUAGUACUAUAAUUGGAUAUAGCAUAUAUAUUUUUGGAGGAGUUGAUGCUGCUAUGACACGAUAUAAUGAUCUAUAUGAAUAUAAUUGUGAAUUAAAAUAAUGGAAGUUUAUAGAAACAGCAGGUAAUACUCCUUCUGCAAGAACAUUUCAUUAAUUAUGUUCUUAUGAAACUUCAAUUUAUUUAAUUGGGGGGAAUGAUGGAACUAAAAAAAAUAAUGAUAUGUAAUUUUAAUAUUCUUUAUCAUUAAAAGGUACUCAAUUUAAGUAUUUGAUCAUAGAUUUAGUGAUUUAUCUAGCAUUUCACAAUUAGAAAUUUAAUCAAAUUUUAUUCCAAAAGAAAAUGGUCUUAUCAAUAUUCUUAAAAAUUAAGUAUAUGAAUUAGAGUAAAGAUUAAAAGAAGAAUAAGAAUUUAAUUUAUGUUAAAUUUGUUAAUCUAAAGAUAUUAAUUCUGUAUUUUAGAAAUUUAUUUUAGGUCUUUUUGGAAUGUGGUCAUAGAUUUUGUUGUUAUGAAUGUUCAAACAAACUUGAGCUUUGUAAAAUAUGCUUAAAGAAGCCAAAUAGGAUCAUUAAAAUAUAUGUAGUUUGA